AUGUCUCUAGUAGCACCCCCCGGAACUUCCACUCAUGCCGGUCCUGGCGGAUAUGCCUCCGACCUACUGUCUCUCGUCAUGGAGGCCAAUUGGGAGCAGUUAAGUCAUGCUCCCGGUAUUCGUCGUCGCACCAUUCCGGCUACCAUGAACCCAGGGAAAACAACAACCACGGAGCGUAUGCUCUAUUAUAGUGGCCAUACUCGUCGGAUAGGAGACGUCGAUGAGGGAUCUACUGUUACCGAUUUUCUUCCAGCUGAAAGGUCUCGUGGCAUUACAAUUCAGUCUGCUGCUGUGACUUUCCACUGGCCCCCGCUAGGAGAAGUUUCGGAUGUAAAGACGGGUGUGCCACAGAGCCAUAUCCCUCACACCAUCAAUCUUAUCGACACACCAGGCCAUGCCGACUUUACAUUUGAAGUUCUUCGGUCAUUGAGGAUUCUUGACGGUGCGGUGUGCAUCCUUGAUGGCGUUGCUGGUGUUGAAGCCCAGACAGAAAAGGUCUGGGCUCAGGCGAACAGAUAUAGCAUUCCCCGAAUUGUCUUCGUCAACAAAUUGGACCGAGACGGUGCUGCGUUUGAACGAACUGUCAAGGAAGUUGGUACCAGAUUGCGAGGGUGGCCAGCCAUUUGCCAAAUUCCAUGGUGGGAAGGUGGCAAAGGCAAAUUUAUGGGCGUGGGAGAUGCGAUCAAUCUCUGUGCGUUGAAAUGGGAGGGCGGAGAUGGUAAACGAAUUCAGACAUACGACAUGGAAGAACUCAAACAAUACGAUGCUGGGCUACGAGAUGAGCUCAUCCAAGCCAGGCUCGCCCUAGUGGAAAUCUUGUGUGAAUUUGACGAGGUGCUAUUAUCAACGUGGUUGGAACAUAACGAUGACGCUUUGAAAGUGCCCCCGCAAGCUAUUAGAGACAGCUUGAGACGCUGUAUUCUCGAUGGCUCUGGACGGCUCAUUCCGGUCUUCGCAGGGGCCAGUUUCCGAAAUAUUGGUGUCCAGCCACUUCUAGACGCCGUCGACAAUUUCCUUCCAAAUCCAAAGGAACGGCCAGAUCCAGAAAUCAGCUUGAAUGGCCAAGAGUAUAAGCUUUCGGAACUUCUCCGAGGUGAUCUCCCAGUCAUCACUGCUGCCCACAAACGGAUGGUGAAGAAGAGUCACUCCCCCAAGGAAUUAGUCGCCCAAAUUGAAGGCUGUGCUUUAGCAUUCAAGGUCGCCAAUCAUCCCAAACGAGGUGUGCUUGUCUAUAUUCGUGUCUAUUCUGGAUCGAUAAAACGCAAUGCAUCAUUGUGGAAUACGAAUCUCCAUGUUUCAGAGCAGGCGCAGCGACUUUUACAAAUGCAGGCAUCUGAUGCCCUCGAAAUAUCUCAUAUUCCAGCAGGACAAAUUGGUGUUAUCGCCGGUCUAAAGCAUGCUCGGACAGGUGACACGCUUGUGUCAUAUCAUGGACACAAUUCCAAGACCGGACCGCCAGCGCCUUUAAACACUCUCCAAUUGCGUCCUAUAGAAAUCCCACCCCCGGUAUUCUUCGCAGCUAUCGAGCCGGACAGUCUCAGCGAAGAAAAGAAUGUCAAGGAGAUCCUCCAGCUGAUGCUGAGAGAGGACCCUAGUCUCCACGUCAAUAUUGAUGAAGAGUCAGGACAGAUGUUGCUGAGCGGCAUGGGUGAGCUCCAUCUGGAGAUAGCCCGAGAUCGGCUUGUCAACGAUUUCAAAGCAAAGGCUACCAUGGGCAACAUCGAAAUUAGCUACCGAGAGUGUGUGCUAUCACCAACAGCGGCUCAUCGGGUCCUUUUCGAUCGCGAUAUAGCUGGGAAGAAGGCAAAGGCGGCAUGUGAGGCUAGCGUUGGUCCCAUCGAUGAGGUAUCUCCAACUGAGAGUCACACUGUUGAACGUGACGGAAAUCGCAUCACUAUCUUGGUGAUAGGAUCUCUCGGCGAGAAUAGUUCUGAAGGAGAUUCUUCGUUGCCUACCGAUCUUCCAUUACCAACUAUACAAGCAGCGCUGGUGAAUGGAGCUGUUGCAGCUUUAGCGCGAGGUCCUCGUCGUAACUUUCCUCUUCAUGCAAGCCAUGUCACCCUAAAGUUCGAAUCUACAACAGAUUUAUUCGGUUCCGAUACCUCACCCGCUGCACUUUCUUCUGCAUCCAGACUCGCAGUAGGGGCUGCACUCAACGAGGCCUUUGAUGGCGGUAAUAUUGGACUCAUGGAACCAGUCAUGAACGUUGUUAUCAGCUGCAACGAAGGGUCCCUUGGAACCAUCGUGCACGACAUAUCUUCUGCUCGUGGAGGGCACGUUCUCUCCCUCGAAAAUGACGGCAACGAAGAUGCAUCCAGCGACCUACCAUCGAUAGAUCCGCAGAGGAUUUAUGCACCGCCUGACCCCUUUGCUUCUGGCGGAGGUAUGGAUAAAGCCGGACCGGGCCAGCAGCGACAAGUCACUGCUAGGGUGCCGUUGAAGGAGAUGGUUGGGUAUUUGAAGCACUUGCGGAGUUUGACGGGCGGACGAGGGACAUUUGUAAUGAGUGUUGAUCGCUUUGAACGUCUCUCGGGCCCGAGAGAAAAAGCGGUAUAA